AACCCGCAACCACCACGGCACCGCGUGUGCAGCAGCCGAGAGUUUCCGCAACCAUCAUCGCAGUAGCCGAGUGCAGUGAGCGCACCACAGACGGCAGUAGAAAGUGAGUUUCGACCCAGCAGCAGCAGGCGACCGCGUAGCAAAAAUGGCACAGGAAAACGACAGCAACGAGGUGAGCGCCAAGUUCAGCACGCUCAACGUCAACGCGGUGGAGUUCGUACCCAGCUUCUGCACACCAUCAUCGACCGCCACGGCUGCAUCGGUGGUGGCCGCCGCAGGCACCGGAUCUCCUACGGCCGCAGCUCCGGCUCCGGCUCCAUCGGUGGCCGCUCCGACGUCGGCCACGUCGAGCGGGGGCAGCAACAGUGGCGGGGCAGGUGGUGGUGGUGGUGCUACCACACCUACGUCCACAGCUGCCACGCCAACUCCGCCGUCCUCGUCGGCCCCAACGCCCAUGGAGAGGGACGAAGAUCCGGUGAAAACGCCAGAAAACAAUGAAAGUGAACCCCUCGACAGCUGGGACGCAGAGGAGGACUCGAUCCUGACGCCGGAGGAUGAGGAAAUGGAAUUGGAUGAUGGCGAGGUGGACGGAGAAACCGCGCCAAAAGUACCGAAAAAGAAGCCGCCGAAGGUAGAGGAGAGUCGAAGCAAAAAGGAACACGUGAACGUAGUUUUCAUCGGGCAUGUCGAUGCCGGUAAAUCUACCAUCGGUGGACAGAUCAUGUCGCUUACCGGAAUGGUGGACAAACGAACACUCGAGAAGUACGAACGCGAAGCACGUGAAAAGUCGCGAGAAAGCUGGUACUUAUCGUGGGCGCUCGAUACGAAUCAGGAAGAACGUGACAAGGGUAAAACGGUGGAAGUUGGUCGUGCCUAUUUUGAGACUGAGAAGAAACAUUUCACCAUCCUCGAUGCACCCGGGCACAAGAGUUUCGUGCCAAACAUGAUCGGAGGCGCCGCUCAAGCGGAUCUAGCGGUAUUGGUUAUUUCUGCGCGAAAGGGUGAAUUCGAGACUGGCUUCGAUCGAGGAGGACAGACUCGAGAACACGCCAUGCUAGCGAAGACGGCAGGCGUGAAACAUUUAGUCGUGCUGGUCAACAAGAUGGACGAUCCAACGGUCAAUUGGGACCUUGAGCGGUACAACGAAUGCAAAGACAAAAUCUUACCAUACCUCAAGAAACUAGGAUUUAAUCCACUUAAGGAUCUAACGUUCAUGCCAGUGUCCGGCAUAACUGGACAGGGAUUGCGAGAACCAAUCGAUGAUUCCACGUGCCCCUGGUACCAGGGUCCGGCCUUUAUUCCGUUCAUUGACGAACUGCCGUCGUUGAAUCGCAAAACGGACGGUCCGUUCAUUAUGCCCAUUGUCGACAAAUACAAGGAUAUGGGAACGGUGUUGAUGGGCAAGGUGGAAUCUGGCGUGGCGAAGAAGGGUACCAAUCUGCUAGUGAUGCCUAAUAGAACUCAAGUGUGCGUCGAUCAGCUAUGGUCCGAUGAUGAAGAAGUGACCUCGGUGGGGCCAGGUGAAAAUGUUAAAAUCAAAGUUAAGGGCAUAGAGGAGGAGGAUGUUUCGCCUGGAUUUGUCUUGUGCGACGCUUCCAACCCAAUUAGAACAGGCAAAAUUUUUGACGCACAGGUGGUCAUUCUAGAGCACAAGUCUAUCAUUUGUGCAGGAUAUUCGGCCGUGAUGCAUAUACACUGCGCUGCAGAGGAAAUUACUGUUAAGGCUCUUAUUUGUUUAGUGGAUAAGAAGACGGGAGAAAAGUCCAAGACAAGGCCUCGCUUCGUGAAGCAGGAUCAGGUCGCCAUUAUGAGGAUUGAAUGCUCCGGAUUGAUAUGCUUAGAGCAGUUUAAACUAUUCCCGCAGAUGGGACGCUUCACGCUUCGAGAUGAAAAUAAAACUAUUGCUAUCGGAAAAGUCCUGAAGGUCGUAGAGUAAGAUGCCCUAGCUCGAGCAAACCUUCGUCUACACACCUAGUUUGAUUGGCAGCGAGAACGCAGGCAGAACGCCCUUCAAUCAUCCAGCAUACCAAUCACGUACACACCAACACUCAUCAGCCAAUGCAUUGCGCAACAAACUACGAACUACGCCACUCUUCCCCUCGUUGCGCUACGCACCGUUAAAAUAUUGAAGCAAAAGUUUAUCCAAACCAUGCUUAUCCGGCAACAUUUCACGGACAUCGGGUCCUAUUUCUGCUUUUCUCUGUCGCUUCUCUCUCUUGACUAUGUGUGCUCAGCUCCUACUUCUCGAUAGUGUACAUCCUCAAAUCAUAAACUCUCAUCGCCUGAGCUCGUGCAAUCGUGGACGAGACAACCGGAGAACCACGUAAGGGUCAGGGGCGGACCUAAACCAUCCCGACUUUGGUGUUUCUCCGAUAUGAGAGAAAAUGAGCUAAAAACUAAGGUCCGUAUUAUAGGUAUAUUUGCGCAAACAAUACAUUAAAUAAGAAACGAACCAAUUGCAAAAGAACACUCAGCAAAAGUAAUCAAGCCAGCGAAUUAGUCUCUGUCCAGAAGAAGUGACGCGAACCCUUAUGAGAAACCAUAUGGUCGUAUGGUAACAAUUGUGUACAGGCGUUUUUUACACCCAUCCCAGCUUCCUUUCGAUAGUGUUGCCGUGGGAGAACGAAUGCCGGUAGAGAGCGGGGCCAGGAGAGAGCGAGGGAUGAAGAAUGCGGAAAAGGGACAUGCAGGUUAAAAAUGAAAAUACAAAAAAGUAACGCAUCAAUCGCUUGAAAUGGCGACACGGUAACAAAACUCAGAACUAACUAGAAAGUAAUAAAAGGAACACCACGCCACAAACGAACCCCAAACAUACAUUCAAACGGACAACAGUCAAACGAAAGUCAACCGAAGCAACUAGCUAAGUACAUAGGCAGGCAAACGUAAAACUGAUCGCACUAGCGACGUGGACUGAAUGAAUAAUGAAACUACAAAACACUAGUAGCGUAACGAAUGCGUUAGGAACCGAAGCGACUUGCUGUGUGUUGAAUCCAGUAACCACGGGAUUUAGUAAGGGACAAGAGAGCACGCAACAUCUAAUACGCAUCAGGAACAAUAAUAUUAAACAAGAUAAUGUAUUUGUAUCGGAGUGUGUGCGCAUGUUCGGCCAAUCAUUUCCAUAUACACAGGACGUAUCGUGCACGCUUGAAAUCCUUGCACAGGCGCCAUGGUAAAAUCAGUGUGCAUUUGGCGGUGAACCUAAAUCUCGCUGAGCGAUGGCUGGAUGAGCUAGGAGCAAAAGCAGCUAAAGGCAAAGGUGUGAAGUGAUAGCAUGGAGGACAUUGGAUCGGAUAGUUGCCGAUUGUAAAAGAAAGCAUCUCCCUUUACUGUAAGCAGAGAACUUUUAAAGUCGCCGCCUGUUAAUGAAGUCUUUGAUUGUUUUUUGUUUUUUAAUUUUCACUUUUGUGUAAUUGUACGGACACGCGAAGCAUAGCAACGCAUGCAAAUGACAGCAAAAGAAAUAAGCAAAGAAAAAAACAUCUCCUCUAAGAAGGAUGGCUAGUAGUGGAUUUUUCACCCCCGAUUGAGCCAUGGAAUCCAAAAACAAACCUUUAACAGCUCAGAAUGAUCGGCUGAAUUAGAUAUUGCUUCGUGAAACAAUAUUGUUACAUUGAUUUGUUCAACCUGAUUAAGACCUAACGAUAAUAAUGUGUGAACAUUAUACCUAUUUUGGGAACGUUAAAUGUUUCGUUUGUCACGCGCAAUUUUGUUCUCCAACGUUGAGAAGCUGCUAAAAUGGAACGUAAAAGAGAUCGGGUUGUUAAUAGAGUAGGAACGUUCAGCAUGCAUACCUAGAGCAAAUACACUUGAACCGGUCGAUCUGUUGGUUAGUAAAACGGCGUUAUCUUUCUCUAUCAAAGGUCGUUGUAAGCAGGGGCAAAAGAAACGUAAAUCAGAAGCAAGAACUGUUGGUACAAGGAGACUAAAACAUAAACCCUGGUUCGAAAAGGACUUAACGGUGGUAAAAAACGUAAUACAAAGGCAGAAACGACUUUCGGUAUAAAACCUACGCUACAUUUAAUCAAAAUACGGUAAACAGAAACUUGUUGCGCAUAACCAUUACUGGAUAUUGAUCAUUUCCUUUUCGUCUGGUUUAGUAUCGUUUCAUUUCUGUUCAUAUUGUGUUAUUUUUCGUUCUUUUAAGAGAGACACUAGAAACACGCAAAUGGGACUUGUGAAAAAGAAACAGAGAACGAGAUACAAUGAAUCAUGAAAAUAAAGCGGUCUCUUUUGAAAAUGGAA